AUGGAGAAAGUACAUCUUGUUCUUCUUAUUCUCUCCAUAUUCCUCUAUUUUCUGAAUGCUACUUGUGCUGCAUAUUCAAUUCAUAAAAGCUUCGUCCAGUGUCUUUCCGACAACAAAAUCCCCAGCUGCCAAAUUUCAAAAAUCAUCUACACUCCCAAAAACCCUUCCUUCACAACCGUCCUCCAAUCCUACAUCCGUAACCGCCGCUUCAACGUCUCCACCACCCGAAAACCCUCCAUAAUCAUCACCCCCACGUCGGAAAUCCACGUCAGCGCCGCCGUCAUCUGCGCCAAGAAACUCAAAACCCAGCUCAAAAUCCGCAGCGGCGGCCAUGACUACGAGGGCAUCUCCUACGUCUCCGACACGAAAUUCGUCAUCCUCGACAUGUUCAAUCUCCGCUCGAUCAACGUCUCCGUCGAAGAUCGAACGGCGUGGGUUGAAUCCGGCGCCUUACUCGGCGAACUCUACUACAGAAUCACGGAGAACACAAAGCUCCUCGCAUUCCCCGCCGGGGUUUGCCCCACCAUGGGCAUCGGCGGCCACAUCAGCGGCGGCGGGUACGGCAACAUGAUCAGAAAAUACGGCCUCUCCGUCGACCACGUCGUCGACGCUAAAAUCGUGGACGCCAACGGCAGGGUUCUCGACCGGAAAUCCAUGGGCGAGGAUCUUUUCUGGGCUAUACGCGGCGGUGGUGGAGCAAGCUUCGGCGUCGUUCUGGCGUACAAGCUAAACCUAGUCCCGGUUCCGGAAGAUGUAACGGUUUUCACCGUCGAAAAAGAAGCCAGCCAAAACGCGACCGACGCAGUUUUCCAGUACCAACAAAUCGUCGACAAAAUGGACAAAGAUCUCUUCAUUAGGGUUCUCUUACAACCUGUUACAUUAAACAAAACAAGAAGCGUCCGCGCCACUUUCAUCGGAAUGUUCCUAGGUAACACCGACAGGCUUUUAUCCAUAACAGGCUCCCUUUUCCCUGAAUUAGGGUUGCAGAAAUCCGAUUGUCGCGAAAUGAACUGGAUUUAUUCAGUUAUUUACUGGGCUAAUUUCGUCAACACCUCAGCGCCAGAAGUUUUACUCAACAGAACUCCCGAUUCAGUCAACUUCCUCAAACGGAAAUCAGAUUACGUACAAACCCCGAUUUCAAAACCAGGCCUGGAAAAACUGUUCGACAAAAUGGUGGAAAUCGGAAAAGUUGGCCUGGUUUUCAAUUCAUACGGCGGCGUAAUGAGUGAAAUCGAUGAAUCUGCGACGCCGUUCCCACACCGAGCUGGGAAUCUUUUCAAGAUCCAAUAUUCCGUGAACUGGAAGGAAGAAGGGGAAGAAGCUGACAAGGAUUACGUGGCACAGAUUAGAGAGCUCUACAGUUUUAUGGAGCCUUACGUUUCGAAGAACCCUAGACAAGCGUUUCUGAAUUAUCGGGAUUUGGACAUCGGCAUUAACGACAACUCAAACAACAGCUACGAACAAGGGAAGAUCUACGGUGAGAAAUAUUUCAAGGGUAAUUUUGACAGAUUGGUGAAGAUCAAAACUAGGGUUGAUCCAGAUAAUGUAUUUAGGGACGAACAAAGCAUUCCUAUACUGCCAUCUGGACGAAGAAUGCAUGAA